AGAUUGCCAAUUAUAAAUCACACCAGCUCUUUGUCCUACCUGUCGCUGGAUCUUAUAGGUAGUUAAAUGGCGGCGAGUUACGAAAGUGUGUUUUGGCAGUCGAGAGUGAGCGCAGCAUUUCGGACAGGGUGGGCGUGCCUUCUGGCAUGGAUGAUGAUGCAGUACAGUGACAUGCAUUCCGACUGGAUGGCUUUCCCUCUCUUCGCAUAUAUAAUGGCAGUUACUGUGGUGGGAGAGGCCUCGCUGGGAGAAGCUCUGCGCUCUGCAUUUUCUGUAAUGGCUGGAGUACUUCAUGGAGCCCUGCCUGCAAUUCUGGUCUUGUGGGUCAUCAAACCAGAGAGAUUUUCCACUUGGGUAACAACUCUGUGUGUCACUGUGAGCAGCUUCUUGAUCGUGUGGUCGAAUAUGAUUCAUAUAACGUCUAAAAGGGUGGCCUGCGCUCAGGUGGUAAUGAUUUAUGUCUCGGCGUUUUCCAAUAGGGAAAAUUUGGACCCGGUUAUGUACCCCUUGCGUGUUGCAGCCACUACUUUUGUUGGAACUGCCUGUGCUCUCCUGGCUUUGAUUUUUCCUGUUCCAAGGCUUGCCUGUUACCAGGUUCAAGAGAAGAGUAAGCUGACUGCUCGCAUAACAUCAGAAGUUUUAAGGAUUUUGGUCGAGGCAUUCAGUGCAAAUGAUUAUAAGGAGGUGAAUUCAUUGCGCUUUCAGGCUAAAUCAUUGUCCUCUGCAGGACUUACUAUGCUUGAGAAAGUCCAAAACAAACAGGAUUACUUAAGAUGGGAGCUUCCAGGUCUUGGAUACUCAUCUUCUGUGAGUGCUAUUAGUAAAGAAUUCUGCAAUCUAAGGCAGUCCCUAGCAGGAAUGGAAAUGGCUCUGCAAUAUUCCUCCACCUUUGAGAUCGGACCGCUGAUGCACGCAUUGCUUAAAGACCCGUUGCUCUAUCUGGCAGAGUGGACCAGCCUGGCUUUAAAGCAAGCGGGAUCUGUUUGCUUCGCAAGAACAAACACAAUGCCUAACCAGGAAGAACUCAUUGUUGAGAAAGUAAGAGCAGCACUGAAUUCUUUGGACGAAGUCUUAACAGUACUCACACAGAGAGCUUAUCAUUCCAAUAUGCAAAAGCCCAACCCAAGUAAUAAAUCAUCUGACCAUGAAACACUAUCUUCUGAUGCAUUCGGGUGCUAUCUACCAACCUUUUUUUUUAUGUUCAAUCUGAAGCGUUUAUGUAAGGAAGCCAUAGAUGUAUUGUGUUACUCCGACCCAAGUAGUGAAAAAUUGCAGCAGAUUGUCCCAAUGGGUAACGGAAAGCAGGAAACCAGCACUUUAUCUCAAAAUAAUUCUGAUUAUUGCCGCCUGUGUGCUUUGCCUCUAACAACUAUAUCCAUUAACGUUGAUGCACCACAGCAGGGAGCGCAGACUGAGGCCAUACUUCAAUGGCUUAUAAGAUAUUUUUGCCAAAUAUACAGGGAUAGGAUGGUUGUACCAUUAAAAUGCUCAUUAUCCCUGGGGCUUUCAGUAUUAACAGGGAUUUUAAUCAGCUCAAAACAUGGGUUUUGGGGUGGAAUCGCAGUGGCCAUAAGCUUGAGUUCUUCCAGAGAAGCGACGUUCAAACUGGGCAAUGUGAGAGUACAGGGCACAGUUGCAGGCUCCAUCUAUGGUGUCAUUGGUAGCGUUUUGACAGAGAAAUAUAUGGUUCUAGGAAUCGUAGCUCUAAUCCCAUGGGUAGUAUUUACGAGUUUUCUAAGGCAGAGCAAGAUGUAUGGUUAUGCAGGAGGUGUGUCUGCAGUCGUUUCAGCAGUCUUCAUCCUUGGCCGAAAGACUUCACCCAGUCCUUCAGUAUUUGCAAUGGAGAGAAUCACAGAGACCAUGGUGGGAAUAGUAUGUUAUAUGGUGGUGGAGUUGAUUCUUCAGCCACGCCGAGCUGCGACCAUUGCUAGAAAAGAGCUUGUUCUCACCCUUUCUCAUCUCCAGGAAUAUACCACCGCCAUUAUUUCUGCUCAAAUCACCCAGCAGUGCAUACAUUCAUUGCCAGCGGCUCUUUCACAAUUCAAAGACAAGGAAAAUGCUUUAAAGUAUCAUAUUUGUCAGCUAAGAAGAAGUAUAGAAGAAGCCAAGACAGAGCCAGACUUCUGGUUUCUGCCUUUUCCAGAGACUAUAUACUCAAAACUUCUGGGCGAUGUUUGUAAGAUAGGAGACCUCCUGCACUUUUCUAUGCGCUCCUAUGAAUCCAUCAUCGAGAGUUGCUCCAGCAGUCAUAUCUCAAUAGAGGCAAUCUAUGAUCUCAUCAGAGAUGACCUUCAGGAAUUCGGUUACAGAGUGAGUCCUCCAUACCAGUGUUUUGUACAGGUCCUUGAAGUUAAGUCCAUACCCAAGCUGAUUUUUCAUCAUCAUAAUCACCAACAUCAUACUUUCGCAGACCUUGAAUCUGGCUCUGAAACACAACCAGCCCACGAAGAACACCCACAUAAUUCUGAACUAAGACAGAUUUCACAGAGCAUUGCAGAUGAUGAGGACGCCAUUAAUUCUCUAUUAAAAAGUAUCAAGGUGCUGAUGGCAGAUGCAUGCCUCACUGGUAGAGAUGUGGGUGGAUUGAAUAACGAUUUGAUCAUUGCGUUGAGUUCUCUGGCCUUCUGCCUGGACAAUAUGAUGAAAGAGCUUAAGCAGGUUGAAAGGGACAUUCAUGAAAUUCUUCAGUGGGAGAAUCCAUGGAGCCUAAUUGACAUGUGGGAAAUCCGCAGCAUGCUAAAUGAGGAAGUGCCAUAUAAAAGCUAAGGGUGGAGUCGACUUUCAACAGACCCAAUCAGCCAAUUUUUAUGUAGAUCCUGUGCUGUUAAUAGGAACUGGUGUUUUCUCUAAAUAAUGGACCCCAUGGGUUUAAUUUUAAAAAUAUAUGGUAUCCUAUCCAUCCAUGGCUGAAUUUGACAGUGUACCCAGCCAGCUACACAAUAGUCUUGCAUAUUCUGCUAUUUAAAUUGAAUAUCUUUAUAUUUGUGGGAUAAAUAGAUCAAUAUAUUUGAGCUUUUA